UUUCAGUCCCGACAAAUCUCAGCACCCACUCGCACUGUCGCACACCUCGCCCUUUGCCCUCGCACCAACUCUCUCUCUCUCUCUCUCUCUCUCUCUCUCUCUCUCUCUCUCCAACCUUCUCUGUUUUGACUCCAUUUGAAACUCUAUACUGUCACAGUAAUUUUAUUUAUUUUUAAAAUUUUCUCUUUCUCUUUCUUUUUAAUUUUUUUCUUGUAUUAUAAAGUCAAAUUUCCGUGUUUGGGAUCAUCGCGAUGUGGAAAAGGAGGUUGAGAAUUAAAUGUACUUUAUGGAAGUAAUAGGAAUUCAAAUCAGGAAUUCUCCCUUACGCGGAUUUCAAUUCUAGCGAUGAGCGAUCAAAUCACUUAGGUUUACGCUGAUCUCGCAGGAAGCAAAGACUCUUCAUCUGAGCUUCCACUUCUGCGAGAUUGAAUUCUUCUAUUUUUUUUCUUUUUGGUUUCGGUUUGUCUUCUUGAAUUCGAUUUAGGAGUGUGUGAUUUUGAGGGAACAAAAAUGUCGAAGGUGAUAUACGAAGGGUGGAUGGUGAGAUAUGGGAGGAGGAAAAUCGGCCGAUCGUUCAUUCACAUGAGGUAUUUCGUGCUGGAGUCAAGACUUCUUGCUUACUACAAGAAGAAACCGCAAGAUAAUCAGGUUCCAAUCAAGACCAUGUUGAUUGAUGGAAAUUGUAGGGUGGAGGAUCGAGGCUUGAAGACUCACCAUGGACAUAUGGUUUAUGUUUUAUCUGUUUACAACAAGAAAGAAAAGUCUCAUAGAAUCACGAUGGCAGCAUUUAACAUCCAGGAAGCAUUAGGUUGGAAGGAAAAAAUUGAGUUUGUAAUUGAUCAGCAUCAGGACUCCCAAGUUGCAAAUGGUAACAAGUAUGUUUCAUUUGAAUAUAAAUCUGGAAUGGAUAAUGGCAGAACUGCUUCCUCGUCAGACCAUGAAAGUCAGUUCAGUGCACGGGAGGAUGAAGAUGAAGCUAAACCCAAUUUGUUACGGAGAACAACCAUUGGAAAUGGUCUUCCUGAUUCAGUAUUUGACUGGACACGAGAAUCUGAUUCAAAAUUAUCAAGUCAGAAUGCCAAUAAUCAAGCUUUUUCUAGGAAGCAUUGGCGUCUCCUACAGUGCCAAAAUGGACUCCGCAUUUUUGAAGAACUUAUUGAAGUUGAUUACCUUCCAAGGAGCUGUAGCAGGGCAAUGAAGGCCGUGGGUGUUGUGGAGGCUUCCUGUGAAGAAAUAUUUGAGCUUGUAAUGAGCAUGGAUGGAACACGGUUUGAGUGGGACUGCAGUUUCCAUUAUGGUAGUUUAGUUGAGGAGGUAGAUGGGCAUACAGCAAUAAUAUAUCAUAGACUUCAGCUUGACUGGUUUUCAAUGUUUGUGUGGCCUCGUGACCUUUGCUAUGUACGCUAUUGGCGGCGAAAUGAUGAUGGCAGUUAUGUUGUGCUAUUUCGUUCUAGAGAACAUGAGAACUGUGGUCCACAACCAGGUUAUGUGCGGGCUCAUGUUGAGAGUGGAGGAUUCAACAUUUCUCCACUAAAACCUCGAAAUGGAAGACCAAGAACGCAGGUCCAGCAUCUAAUGCAGAUUGAUCUGAAAGGAUGGGGUGUGGGUUAUAUUUCAUCAUUUCAACAACAUUGCCUUCUUCAGAUGUUAAAUAGUGUUUCUGGAUUGCGUGAAUGGUUUGCACAAACCGAUGAAAGAGGUGCUCCUCCUAGAAUCCCAGUUAUGGUCAACAUGGCCUCUUCUUCUGUUUCUUCAAAGAAAAAUCAAAAGCAGCAAGAGUUCUCUGUUCAUCCAGUGUCUUCUCUUGAUCAAAUAAACACCACAAGCAGAAACUCCACCGCUAUCAUGGAUGAAUACUCUGAUGAGGAGGAUGAAUUCCAGAUUGCUGAGGAAGAACAAGAAACAUAUCAACCUAAGCAUGAGACUGAUGUGAAGAGAGGAGCCUUGGAAGAAGAACCAGUAGAAAAAAUUGAUUUAACCUGUUUCUCGGGUAAUUUACGUCAUGAUGAGCGUGAUAAUGCCCGUGACUGCUGGCGAAUAUCUGAUGGGAACAACUUCCGAGUUCGUAGCAAGCGUUUUUGCUAUGACAAAACAAAGAUCCCUGCUGGAAAACAUUUAAUGGAUCUUGUUGCUGUUGAUUGGUUCAAAGACACGAAAAGAAUGGACCAUGUUGCUAGGCGUCAAGGUUGUGCAGCAAAAGUUGCUUCGGAGAAUGGGCUUUUCUCUCUGAUUUUUAAUCUGCAAGUACCUGGUUCAACACAUUAUAGUAUGGUAUUUUACUUUGUGACGAAGGAAUUAAUACCUGGUUCUCUCUUGCAACGUUUUGUUGAUGGUGAUGAUGAAUUCCGCAAUAGUAGGCUUAAACUUAUUCCAUCAGUUCCCAAGGGCUCAUGGAUUGUGCGCCAGAGUGUUGGAAGCACUCCUUGUUUAUUGGGAAAAGCAGUUGAUUGCAACUAUAUCCGUGGUCCCACAUAUUUGGAAGUUGACGUUGAUAUUGGUUCUUCAACUGUUGCUAAUGGUGUUUUGGGAAUUGUAAUUGGUGUAAUUACGACAUUGGUGGUUGAUAUGGCAUUCCUUGUACAGGCAAAUACUACAGAUGAAUUGCCAGAGAGGUUGAUCGGUGCAGUUCGUGUUUCUCACAUAGAGCUCUCAUCAGCUAUAGUUCCAAAACUGGAUCAAGAUCCAUCAUGACUGAUACAAAACUAUUCAUCUCUACUGAUUUUCACACAGCAUUUGUUUAGUGGUGAAUGCAUUUCAUUCUCAAUUUCAUUGCUUUGUAUCAUUUGUGGAAUGGUUUCUUAAUGAAAUUUUGCAUAAAAAAUUAGUUCAAGGAAAUUUGUGGUUCUUUUCUGUAGCCAUUCCAUGUGUUACUUUUAGCAUUGAAAUAAAAGCCUAGUCCUUGUUAUA